AUGCUACGUCUUAGACGGCAUCUUCUAACGGAAUUAACAUCUUUGUCCUCAGUGAAAAUGUCAUCAAGAUUAAAUUUUGUGGUUGCUGACCACUGCCAAUUAAUUUCACAAAUUAGACAUAUAUCUUUCUUUGGAAGUAGUCCACCAUCUUCUACUCCAUCUUCACCACCCGAAAUAUUGACUACACCUACAGAUACACCGUUGGUUUCUACAGAUGCAACAGAUUUUACACUAAUGGAACAACUGCAACUGGCAUUAGUGAAAGAUUUUCAUUUAUUUGAUUUUCUUGGUGGAAAUUCAUUGGUCAAAGAGUAUGAUCUUUUUUCAUGGUGGAGUCCGGCAUCGUGGUUUCGUUUAGCAUUAGAAUAUGUGCAUUUUAAUAUUGAUUUGCCUUGGUGGUUAACCGUUAUAUGUGCCACAAUAAGUUUGCGGUUACUGAUGAUAUUUGUGCCUAUUGCUUCUCAUCGACUUAUGGCACGAGUGCAGUUGUACAAAAAAGAAAUUGAUGAAUUUAAAGAAAAAAUGGAAAGUGCUCAAAGAAACGGAAAUUUCUUGCAAACAAUGGAAACUCAAAAAGAGCUGAAAGAUUUCUUGAAAACGAAAAAUAUUAAGCUAUAUCGACAGUUUAUAUUUAUGAGUCUCAAUGGCGCUAUCUUCAUGACACAGUUUAUUGCAGUCAAAAAAAUGGCCGAUGUUGCUUUUCCUGGUAUGAGCACCGGUGGUUUGUACUGGUUCAAAGAUUUAACUGUACCGGAUCCCUAUUAUUUGCUACCAUUGGUUUCUGCUAUCACUGUCGCUGCGGUAUUUAAGAUCGGAGCCGAGACUGGUGGAACAAACCAAGGUGUCAGUCCGCAAAUACAGAAAUUACUGACAAGAAUCGGACCGAUUAUGGUUUUUGCAUGUAGUACUAAAGUUUCUUCGGUUAUAGCCUUAUACUGGUGUACAUCAAAUAUGAUCUCAGUAAUGUUUUCUGGAAUAUUCAAGAUUCCAUCAGUUCGUGCUUUCCUAAAAAUACCUCAGUUACCAUCGAAGCAGGUGCAAUUGUAUAAGAAAGCACUUAAUCAAAAUAUAAAUCACGACACUAUGCAAAAGUGA